AUGUCCAUUGUGUCACCUGCCGAAGCGACUGCGGCAUUGGGAUCGCACAUCCGCAUGAAGGCUCUCAAGCCAUCUGAGCUGCCACGGCACCGAUCUCUAGUAUCCCUUCAGACAGCAAAUACACCACCGCGAGUUGCAGACUUCGCCGAGACUGUUCUGGAAGAAGCAGAGCUCUUUCUGAAUGUGUAUCUUCGAAGCAUGUUCAAGGAGAAGGCAGAAAAGAAACCUUCACCGCCGUCUGAGGCCCAAGUCACGCUAUACACUCAUGAAAUCAGUGCGCACGAUCUUCCCGAGGAAGGCCGAACGAUGGGACAGUCAGAGACCUGGUUUGCUCGAAGAAGCUGCCACAGAGAUGCAGCAGAGGCUGGCACCGCAAGCUGGCAGGAGUUCGAUGACGCAUUGAGGGAGAAUCACAGCCAGCAUGAGAAGGACUACACACCAGACGUCGUGGAUGCACAUGAGGUUCUCGACUGGGACGACGAGUUGGAAAGCAUACAGAGGACGUGGGCAGGCUGGACUAAGAUCAACGUCAACUUGAUGGAGAUGGUGCGCAAGAUUCCCUUUCCAUUGAACAACAGAGUCUUCAGAGUCAUGGUGAUCACCGCGAAGAAAGAUAGCGAGUUCUACGUGGUUCAGAUACCAGUUGAUCUCUCCAAUGUCCCGGGCAACAAGUACAACAAGGAUUCGAAGGUUACACCGGGCAUGUACUGCUCGAUCGAGCGGUGUGUGCUGGUUGACAAGGGAGACCAUACAGUGUGGCAUAUGGCGACUGCGAGUGACGCUGGCGGAAACCUGCCUAUGUUCAUGCAGAAACUCGGUGUGCCAGGCGCUGUUGUCAAAGACGUGGGUCUGGUCAUCGAUUGGAUUGAGAAGAGACGUCACAACGAAGCGUGA